AUGUCCUUUAAAGAACCACGCACACAUGUUACUAUAGCAUGUACUAACUGUCGAAAGAGAAAAGAAAGAUGUUCUGGAACAGUUAAAUGUACAAAUUGUAUCAAACGCAAUCUCCCUUGUAUUCUUAUUAGCUCGGGUAAAAAACGCGGUCCAAAACCAAAAUUUAAGGUGGUCGAUACAAUUUUAUCUAUUCAGGAUCAAGAAUAUGUCUCGAGUCCAUAUAUAGGCGAUAAUCAGCAAUCAUAUUAUGGAAUAAUUAACUUUAUGCAAGGUCACGCGUUAACCUACUCUCCAGCACAAAUUAUUCAACCUAAUAAUAUUUCUCAAGAAAUUAACCAAGAUUUUCAAGUUAGCCAUAAGACUGCAGUAAAUGAACAAAAAGCCACGCUUAUGAAUUUAGCCGAUAACACUUCAUCCUUGUUUUUUAAUAAUUCUUCAGUAUUUAAAGCCGAUCGUGAAACCGAAACAUUGUUUUCCACAGAUUCUUUAGAUAGUUGCAUUACAGUUCAACAUAAUAAGGACUUGAUCUUCUUAUGGAAAGAAAUUGGCUAUUAUGAAAUCUGUGAUGACAUAAACGAUCUAGUAAUCCAGGGUUCGCUUCUUAUAUUCUUCCCUCCUAAUCCUUCUAUUAAUUGGAUUCGACCAGAUAUUGAAGCUAUUAUUAAACGACUCAAUGAAUUAAUUGAUCUCGGUUUUAAGCUGAGUUAUGAUGUUAUUGCCAACACCCUCUAUUUAUUUGAAGAUAGAUUAGAACAUAUUGGCGAAAUUUUAGUGGAUUCGUAUUUACGUAUUAAACAAGACACUCGAGAAAACUUUUUAAAUCAUUGUUUAAUAGAAUCAUUAAGACCAAAGCACCGUUCAAAUAAAUCUCAUGUUUGGAAUUUUCUUCAUUCAAUUGUGAAAAAUAAUCCUGAAGCUGCAUUCAAUAAAGCAUUUGAUUAUUAUUUAAAAAAAAAUGAAAGUUUAACUAUCGAAUCUAAAAUUAAACGGCUAUCAUUACCAGCAAAAUUUCAUAAUUGGGUUCUUAUAAAAUUUGAUUUAAAUGCACAAAUUACAAAAGUUUGUUUUGAAGAUAUAUUAAGAUCACGUGUUAGCCUAGUUAAACAACUUCAGCAAAAUAUUAAUGCAGACAUUCCAGAUGGAAUACAUCAAGAUGAAUUUCAGAAGGAUAUUUUAAUUCCAUUAUUUAGAUAUUACUUACCUAAUUUAUUUAAUGUAAAGGUAACAUUUGAACUACCAAUGAGAAAAUGGAAUCAAGCUCCUUACAACACGUCAAUACAAAAUACUGGCCGAUCAACGAACUUUUCGUAUUUUACUGAAAAUAAAUAA